AUGCUAAGAAAUGCUAAGAAAGAGGUCAAAAUGUUUAAGAUCUUGUUCUGGAGUCUUCUAUUGACUUUCUCUGGAAGUCAAGCCUCACAACACGUGGCUCAAAGAAAUACUGAAUUUGCAGUGGAUCUUUAUCGAGCUAUUUGUUCAUCUCAUGAGAACAACAUUAUAUUUUCCCCACUUGGAACGGUGUUGGCUCUUGGAAUGGUACAACUGGGAGCCAAAGGAAAAGCACAGCAGCAAAUAAGACAAGCAUUAAAAUUCCAGGAAACCUCAACUGGAGAAGAAUUUUCUGUGCUGAAGUCAUUUUUCUCUGCCAUCUCAGAGAAAAAACAAGAAUUUACAUUUAAUCUUGCCAAUGCCCUCUACCUUCAAGAAGGAUUCACUGUGAAAGAACAGUAUCUCCAUGGCAACAAGGAAUUUUUUCAGAGUGCCAUAAAAGUGGUGGAUUUCCAGGAUACAGAAGCUUGUGCUGAGACAAUAAGUGCCUGGGUGCAGAGCAAAACAGAUGGAAAAAUUAAAAACAUGUUUUCAGGGAAAGAAUUUGGCCCUCUGACUCGGCUUGUCCUGGUGAAUGCUAUUUAUUUCAAGGGGGAUUGGAAACAAAAAUUCAGAAAAGAGGAUGCACAACUGAUGAAUUUCACUAAGAAAGAUGGUGCAACAGUCCAAGUUCCAAUGAUGAAAGCUCUUUUGAGAACAAAAUACGGUUAUUUUUCUGAAUCCUCCAUGAACUACCAGGUUUUGGAAUUACCUUACAAAGGUGACGAGUUUAGUUUAAUCAUUAUACUUCCUGCAGAAGAGGUGAACAUAGAAAAAAUGGAAAAACUAAUUACCGUUCAUCAAAUCUUGAAAUGGUUCUCUGAGAUGCAAGAAGAGGAAGUGGAAAUAAGCCUCCCUAGAUUUAAAGUAGAACAAAAAAUAGAUUUCAAAGAAGCUUUGUAUUCUUUGAACAUUACUGAAAUCUUUAGUGGUGGCUGUGACCUUUCUGGAAUAACAGAUUCCUCUGAGGUGUAUGUUUCCCAGGUCAUGCAGCAAGUUUUCUUUGAGAUAAACGAAGACGGCAGUGAAGCUGCAGCAUCUACUGGAAUACACAUGCCUGUGAUCAUGAGCCUGGCCAGAAACCAAUUUACAGCAAACCAUCCGUUUCUCUUUAUUAUGAAGAAUAAUCCAACAGAUUCAAUUUUAUUUAUGGGACGAGUGACAAAUCCUUACACCCAGAACGUGAAGGGAAGAGAUUUAGAUUCACUCUGAAUAAAAUGCACAGAUGAUAAGGUGAUUGAUUACUAAAAAAUCAUUGAUUGGCAAUAUCAUCAUCUUGCAAAUAUAUUCUAUGUACCUUUUUCUGUUUUAAACUGUGCCUUGUCAAUCUUUAGCAA